AGUUUCGAGGGGUUUUUUCAAUUUCAUAAAAUUCUUUUCUUUUGAAAAUAUCCAAAACGCUUCAUUCGCAUUUUGUCCUUUGAAACAAAACGGUCGAAACCUGUUGGAUCAAAAGAAUUGUUAUUUAGCUAAUAAGUAGUGUUAAAAUUAUUUUGCAAAUAUGUCUGAAGAACAAGAAUUUUCGGGAGGUAAUAGAAAGAGAAACAAUGUUCUUCCUCUUUAUGGAAAUGAUUCUAUGAAUUUGAAUCCCUUAAUUCUUACAAACAUACAAAGUUCUGUUUAUUUUAAAGUGACCUUGUUUCAGCUGAAAACGUAUCAUGAAGUAAUAGAUGAGAUUUACUAUCAAGUUAAACACCUCGAACCAUGGGAAAGAGGAUCACGAAAGACGUCCGGUAAUUCUGGAAUGUGUGGGAGCGUGCGUGGAGUCGGUGCUGGUGGAAUUGUUAGCUCGGCAUUCUGUCUUCUUUACAAGCUCUACACUUUGAAACUAACACGAAAGCAAUUAAAUGGCUUAAUUAAACAUACUGAUUCACCAUAUAUCAGAGGACUUGGAUUUAUGUACAUACGAUAUACUCAACCACCAGCAGAUCUUUUCGAUUGGUACGAAGAAUUCCUUCAAGAUGAAGAAGAAAUUGAUGUGAAAGCUGGUGGUGGUCAAACUUUAACAGUUGGUCAACUCUGUCGUCAAUUUAUGGUCAAACUUGACUGGUUCAGCACAUUGUUUCCACGAAUUCCCGUUCCGAUUCAAAAGCAAAUUGAACAAAAACUCGGUCAAUAUGACCACAAACACGGAAUCGUGACAAAUCCAGAACCAGGACAAAGAUAUGUUCCACAACCUGUGGAAAGACGUGACAACCGCAACUACGAACGUGAUCGUCCACCAAGAGAACGAGACUACAAAGAUGAACGUAAACAUAGACGAUCACGAUCUAAAGAUAGACGACGAUAUGAUGACGAUGAGCCUGCAAGUUAUAAGCGUUCGAAAAGAUCUCAUAGUCGUGAAAGAUAUUCAAGUAAAUCAAAAAAUUACGACCGUUCACGAUCAAGAGAAAGACGUCGAAGGUAUGAAGAUGAACGAGCUUCUCGACGUUAAUAAUCUUCAAAAAAAUCUUCAUAAGCAUUUCUGCCAUUAACAUAAUCAGGAAAAUAUUAAAUCAAAAGUAAAAAAUACUUCACCUCAUUCAUUUAAGAUUACCUACUCUUUUUUUUAAAUCAAACCUGUUAUAAUUACACUUGAUGUAAAGUUCAUUGUAAUAUCACAAAAGUUAUCAAAAAGUUAUGAGCGGCUUAAAGAUCUUGGAUAAAUUAAAUACUUUAUUUUCUGUAAAAGAACUUUAAUUGAAUACAAAGAAAAAUGAAAAUAUCUGCAAAUAAACUUAAAAUUACUACUAAAUGAACUUUUGUUUGAUUCCAAACUACGAAAAUGAGAAAACUUUGAUGUUAGGCUUAUUGGGUUG